GGCCCGCCCCUCUCCCAGUCUCCUCCGCGGCUCCCCCUCCCUGCGCCAGGCGGAGCCGGAGCCCCAGCCGCCGCUGCUCCUGCUGCCGCCGUUUCUCGCCUCUCCCCGGUGACCGAGGGCACCGGCGCUGCUCAGCGGGAGCCUCCCCGGCCCGCCGCCGCCCGACCCCAGUGCCCGCCGCCGCCUCUGCUGGGGCCGGCGCUGCCCGCGGAGCCGCCAUGAGCUGGGGCACGGAGCUGUGGGAUCAGUUUGAUAACCUAGACAAGCAUACGCAGUGGGGCAUUGACUUCUUGGAGAAAUAUGCAAAAUUUGUAAAAGAAAGGAUAGAGAUCGAGCAAAACUAUGCAAAACAACUGAGAAAUCUGGUUAAGAAGUACUGUCCUAAACGUUCACCCAAAGAUGAGGAGCCCAGGUUUACUUCGUGUAUAGCCUUUUUUAACAUCCUUAAUGAGUUGAAUGACUAUGCAGGACAACGAGAAGUAGUUGCAGAAGAAAUGGGACACAGAGUGUAUGGAGAAUUGAUGAGAUAUUCUCAUGAUCUAAAAACUGAGAGAAAAAUGCAUCUUCAGGAAGGGCGAAAAGCUCAACAAUAUCUGGACAUGUGCUGGAAACAGAUGGAUAAUAGCAAAAAAAAGUUUGAGAGAGAAUGCAGAGAGGCAGAGAAGGCACAGCAAAGCUAUGAAAGAUUGGACAAUGACACUAAUGCGACAAAGGCUGAUGUUGAGAAGGCUAAGCAACAGUUAAACCUGCGCACACACAUGGCUGAUGAAAACAAAAAUGAAUAUGCUGCACAACUACAGAAUUUUAACGGGGAACAACACAAACACUACUACAUUGUCAUUCCUCAAAUUUAUAAGCAACUUCAAGAAAUGGAUGAAAGAAGGACUAUCAAACUUAGCGAAUGUUACAAAGGUUUUGCUGACUCUGAGCGCAAGGUUAUUCCUAUCAUCUCUAAAUGUUUAGAAGGAAUGAUUCUUGCAGCAAAAUCAGUUGAUGAACACAGAGACUCUCAACUAGUGAUAGACUGCUUCAAAUCUGGUUUUGAACCUCCUGGAGAUUUCCCAUUUGAAGAUUAUAGUCAGAAUAUUUACAGAACUAUCUCUGAUGGAACGAUCAGUACACCAAAGCAGGAAGGAAUGAGAAUUGAUUCAAAAACUACAGUGGGCAAGGCUAAAGGAAAGCUGUGGCUAUUCGGAAAGAAGCCGAAGGGCCCUGCUUUAGAAGACUUCAGCCACCUGCCUCCAGAGCAAAGACGCAAGAAACUGCAGCAGAGAAUUGAUGAACUCAACAGAGAACUACAGAAGGAAACAGACCAAAAAGAUGCCCUCAUCAAAAUGAAGGAUGUUUAUGAAAAAAAUCCCCAGAUGGGUGAUCCUGGCAGUUUGCAACCAAAACUAGCUGAGACCAUGAGCAACAUGGACCGUCUUCGGAUGGAAAUACACAAGAAUGAGGCUUGGCUGUCCGAAGUUGAAGGUAAAGUAGCAGCCAGAAGCGACAGGCGGCACAGCAGUGAUAUCAACCACCUCGUAACACAGGGCAGAGAGAGCCCUGAAGGGAGUUACACAGAUGAUGCAAAUCAGGAAGUUAGAGGCCCGCCACAGCAGCAUGCACAUCCAAACGAGUUUGAUGAUGAGUUUGAAGAUGAUGAUCCGUUACCAGCUAUAGGACACUGCAAGGCAAUAUAUCCUUUUGAUGGUCAUAAUGAAGGCACUCUAGCAAUGAAAGAAGGGGAAAUUUUGUACAUUAUUGAGGAGGACAAAGGAGACGGGUGGACAAGAGCUCGAAGACAUAACGGAGAGGAAGGCUAUGUGCCAACAUCAUAUAUAGAUGUAACGCUAGAGAAAAACAGCAAAGGUGCAGUAACCUAUAUCUAACAGUAAACUGGCAGUUUUCAGCUGUGCGUUCCCCAGGGAGAUAGUGGAAAAAUAGUAAGUUGCACAGGUUCCUGGAAAGAAUUAGAGUAUCAGAAGGCAGCAGCGGGCUGUUGUUCGCCAUGUGAGCUUGCCAUAUUUCUUUUUUGGAGAUGUCAGCAUCAAAUUAAGUACUUUAUGUUGGUCUGUAAUUUUGGCCAGUGUCUUCUGCUUUAUUUAACUGAUCUAAUGUUCCUGCUUUACGAAGUGCUAAAUUUGAUUCAUCCGUUAAACUGAAAAAGAUGAGGAUUCUUGCUUGUUCUACAUAGUAGUUGGUUUUACAAAGAACUGAAAAAUACUUAAAAGACCUCUAAAACUUACUGUUCCCACUUUUUUGACUUAAACUAUAUGCUUAAAGCAGAGGCUUUUUUCUCUAAUAACUAACUGAAUUCAGUUACUGAAAAUUAUUAAUUUCCUUCCUUUGCAAAUACUUGGCAGCUUUCGCCUCUUAAAGAGGAAAAUGUUUUCUGAUUGUGAAAGCUCAACAAAAACACUCAGGAAGAAGCAUUACAAUCAAAAAGGACAAAAAGUCCACUGACCUGCCUCUCUCCUUCCCUUCCAGUGGUUGUAACCUAGAAUAUUGUGUAUUUGACGCAACUUCACUGUUUUAACCGUAGAUAUCUUAAAAAAGACCACAUGUAAUGUUCAUGUCUUAUUAAAUUUUAACCUCUCUCUGCUCCUGAAAAGGGACUGUUUUUAAAUUCUUAAUCUGUGCCUGUAAGCUGAGUAUUUGAAUUGCAUUGUGUUUGGGUUGAAAUCAAGAUCUAAAAUGUACAGUAACUCCCUCACUAUUACAUCACUAAGGUUUGGAAACUACAUUGCACUACUUGAUUACUAGGAAAAAAAAAAGCUAAUCUAAAAGCUGUGUCUGGUAUUCCUAUUAAGAAUGUUUGUGGAAUAAAGUACAAGGCUAAUGUGUAGCCACUGGGAAUGGCCUGUUAGAACUGAGCACGCUUCUCUGUUUUCUGAAGGCCUUCAGUAACUUUGUUCUUUUCUUUUUCCUCUUGGACUGCAGGUUCCUGAAGCGGGUUUCUGAGAAAAUGGGCGAGAUCUUGAAGGAGGUUACAUGCAGCUGCUUUGGGGGGGGGGAGGGGGAGGGAGGUUAUUAGCCUGGGAGGCCCAGUGAGCAAGGGGAAAAGCUAGUUGCAUGAAUGCAUGCAGACAUACAUUUAGUCACUAACAUUCUUAGCAUUUCCAUACAUAGUUAAGGAUGUAUUACAAAUUCUUAAAUUUCUGCAGCAAAAUAGAGCUCCAUUACCAGAGUAAAGAGGCAACUGCUACUAAAAUUGCUUAUUCUUAUUGUCCUUAGUUUUCAAAGAGGCACAAACUAUACUUUAGAUUGUGCUACAUUUUGGUUAUCUCAGUUACGCUCUUUUCCAACUGUUCGUAAUUGGCAAUCAUUUAGAACCAUGUCAGUUGUCAGUCUGCCUGUGCCGCCUCCAUGCUCGCCCUUAACCCCCUCCUGCAUGCCUAGGACAGUCAGGCAUGUCUGCAUAACAUUUUAUUGUCAUCAUUGCUUCUCUUAUUUUGUAACAAACCAUUCUGUUUAAAUAUCUUCAGCACUAGAGUUUCAUCCCAGUAUCCAUGUAUGCUGCUGUAACUUUUCCACUGCAACCACCAUUACAUUCAAUUUUUUUUUUUACAUAAUGGACAUGCGAUCAUAAUGUAUUUAUGUUGGUUUGGGGAAAUAAUACAUCUCAGCUCUAGCCUACAAUGCAGUCAGAGAAACUCCCAGAACUGUGGUCCAUCUUCAGCACUUCAGUAACCUAAUGUGAGCACUGAAAACCUGGAACACCACCAGAGAGAUUCACCACUGCAAGCUAAUGACUGUUUUCAAAGAAGUCAACCACUUGCCAUUCAAAUGCUGCCUUAAACUAGAGUGCCUAAAUCUGUUGAUUGCCAACACUACCACGUACAGUAUCCCACAAAGGGCUUUGUGUCUCAGCUCUCUCCACAGUGCUGCAGCUGCUGAGGUAGCCAUGGUAGGUGUUUUCUAGAGCUCUACUUUACAGGAUACAUGGUGCAUCAUGAAUUUUAUACAUUGAGACAUGUAUCUCUUCAUUUGACUUUAAUAUUUUUAGAAAUAUUUUUAUGGAAACUUUGUCUCUUAGUUUUUGACUAUGAAGUUCCAGUUUUAAUUACUGCAGUGCUAGUUUGUUUCCAGGUGAUGCUUCAUUGUAUGGACCCGUUGAAAUUCGAGUGAUACUUCGUAAUGAUCUAUGUGCACUUUUACUUGUAAACAAUUGAAAUUUGGAUAUGUUUAUACCUGUAAAUAUAGUUGUCUGCAGUGCCCCUAUUGCUUAUGUUGUCUUGCCUCCCAUUUGUGGUUCUAUUAAUAAAUACAUCAUAUCUGAUUUAUUAGGGUAAUAAGAAUUAGACUAGAGAGGUUGGGGGGAGGGAUACUUGUAUCAAUCAAAGCUUGUCAGCCCAGCCGCCUGCUGUGUGGGGAAAGAAAUAAAUAAUAAUCAAAACAUCCUCUUUUUUUGGGGGGGGGGGGGGUUUGAAGCAAUAUUUGGAUGCAGCAGUGCUGGAUUCUUUUUAAUUUCAGUGUUACUAGAAAUUGUACUACCAGUAAAACUGAAUUUGAGUGACUUGCGUAGAGGUUUAUUCCUUUUCUUAUGUAUACCACUAUUACACAGCUUGACCUAGUGUAUUACAGUUGGGGGCUAUUAAACUCUAAAGUUUAGAUUUUUGGAUAUUGUAUACAGGGUUAUUUAUAAUAAUAAUGUGACAUUACUCAAUACUGACAAAACUACAUGUGUAGUUUUUUGGGGUUGUUUUGUUUUUUAAUCUAGUGCUUUUUUAUUUUAAAGUUAGAGAAGAGGAGGAAAUGUGAUCUGUGUAUUUUCUGCUAAAGGGCCUGUGGUUUGCCUGGCUAACAGCCUUGCAGGUUAGUAAUAACUCUUCUGGUAAAGGACUAAAUGUUCUUUUCACGCUACUGUUUGUUUUUCUGAAACCAGGAUUUGCUUCCUUUGGAGGCAGGUUCCUUUCAUGAGGGAUAGUGCAACGUGUAUGAGGGUUAUUAAACAUAGGAAAGAAACAAUUUGUACUUGCACAGCUAGUUAUAAAUCACUUAUUCUAAAAUUCUGAACGUGAGUUGUCUUAAAGAAUCUUCCAUUUUUCCAGUAAUUUUUAAUCUUUUUUUGUGCACAUGUUGAUUUCUUAAAUGUUAAAUGCUUUGUUUAAAAAUAGUGUUCUCUGUUGAGAAUAUUUUCAUGGAAUAAAGAAAUCUUUUCAUGGUCUAA